AAACUACGUCGUUUUCUUCAUUUUUUAUUUCCUACAUCUAUUUAGGUCUACAUUUGGGGAAAUUAAGAAAUCACUUCCCCAUUUCCACGAUUGAGGGUUUCAGAAGAAUCUGAUGAAUUUCUCGCCUUCUUCAUCUUAUGGCGCCUCUUCUUCCAUGGCUACACCUGAUUCCCUUCCUGAAUGUACGUGCAAACUUCGAGUGGAGAUGAAAACGUCGCGAACGCACCUCAAUCCUGGGCGAAGAUUCCUCAGAUGCUCCAACAAAGAGAAACAAUGUGGCUUCUUUGAGUGGGUAGAUCCUGAAAUAAAGCCUAGAAAUCAAGAUGAUGAUGCUGAAAAACUGAACUUCUGGAUUGGAGAAUGCUAUCGCCUGCAAAAAUAUGUGGAGGAAGAUAUGAAGCGAAUUAGAUUGUUGGAGGAUGAAGUGAGACUCCUCAGAAUGGAGAAGGUUAAGGGCAGCAAGAACUGGAAGAAGAAGGUGUUUGUUUGUGCUUGUGUUGUUGGAGUUGUUAGUGUGGUAAUUCAAGCAUUUGUUGCUUAGGGUAUAGGG